AUGGUUAGUUUGUCUUCAUUCGGCCACCGUCUCGACAGCGUUUCGGAGUAUUUUGUCCGCCUGCUGCCGCCGUCCCAGAUAUUAGUCACCGAGUUCCAGCGCAGGGGAACGUGUGUUUCGGGGGAGCCGGCUGGCGUUGCCGGCACCAUGGAGUCACCUUUUAGUCCGGGGGUCCCUCACCGGCCGGAUGAAGAUUGGGAUUCUACCCUGUUUGCUGAACUUGGCUAUUUCACAGACACAGAAGACCUGCAGUUGGAUGCAGCAAAUGAAACUUAUGAAAACAAUUUUGAUAAUCUUGAUUUUGAUUUGGAUUUGAUGCCUUGGGAGACAGGCAUUUGGGACAUCAACAAUCAGUUCUGUGAAGUUAAAGAUAUUAAGGCAGAACCUCAACCACUUUCUCCAGCCUCCUCAAGUUGUUCGGUUUCAUCUCCUCAGUCAGUGGACUCUUAUUCUUCAACUCAGCAUGUUCCUGAGGAGUUGGAUUUGUCUUCUACUUCCCAGAUGUCUCCUCUUUCCUUAUAUGGUGAAAGCUCUAAUACCCCCUUCUCAUCAGAGCCGCUAAAGGAAGAUAAGCCCAUUAUUGGUCCUAGGAGCAAAACUGAAAAUGGACUGACUCCAAAGAAGAAAAUUCAGAUAAAUUCAAAACCUUCAAUUCAGCCCAAGCCUUUGUUACUUCCAGCAGCACCCAAGACUCAAACAAACUCCAGUGUUCCAGCGAAAACCAUCAUUAUUCAGACACUACCAACACUUAUGCCAUUGGCAAAGCAGCAACCAGUUAUCAGUAUACAUCCUGCACCCACUAAAGGUCAGACGGUGGUGCUCUCUCAGCCUACCAUGGUACAACUCCAGGCACCUGGAGUUCUGCCCUCCCCUCAGCCAGUCCUUGCUGUCACUGGGGGCGCCACACAGCUACCUAAUCACGUGGUGAAUGUGGUCCCAGCCCCUGUGGCAAAUAGCCCAGUGAAUGGAAAACUUUCUGUGACUAAACCUGUGCUUCAGAGUACCAUGAGAAGUGUGGGUUCAGAUAUUGCUGUGCUAAGGAGACAACAGCGUAUGAUAAAAAAUCGAGAGUCAGCUUGUCAGUCCCGCAAAAAGAAGAAAGAAUACAUGCUAGGGUUAGAGGCAAGGUUAAAGGCUGCCCUUUCAGAAAAUGAGAAGCUGAAGAAAGAGAAUGGAUCACUGAAGCGGCAGCUGGAUGAAGUUGUAUCAGAGAACCAGAGGCUUAAAGUUCCUAGUCCGAAGAGAAGAGCCAUCUGUGUGAUGAUAGUUUUGGCAUUUGUCAUACUGAACUAUGGACCUAUGAGUAUAUUGGAACAGGAUUCCAGGCGAAUGAAUCCUAGUGUGAACCCUGCAAAUCAAAGGAGGCAUCUCCUAGGAUUUUCUGCUAAAGAGGAACAAGAUACAUCAGAUGGUAUCAUCCAGAAAAACAGCUACAGGUACGAUCAUUCUGUUUCAAAUGACAAAGCCUUGAUGGUGCUAACUGAAGAACCACUACUCUAUAUUCCUCCACCUCCCUGUCAGCCCUUGAUCAACACAACAGAAUCUCUCAGGUUAAAUCAUGAACUUCGAGGGUGGGUUCAUAGACAUGAAGUGGAAAGGACCAAGUCAAGAAGAAUGACGAAUAAUCAACAGAAAACCCAUAUUCUUCAGGGUGCUCUAGAACAGGGCUCAAAUUCUCAGCUCAUGGCUGUCCAAUACACAGAAACCACUAGUAUCAGCAGGAACUCAGGGAGUGAGCUGCAGGUGUAUUAUGCUUCACCCAGAAGUUAUCAAGACUUCUUUGAAGCCAUCCGCAGAAGGGGAGACACAUUUUAUGUUGUGUCAUUUCGAAGGGAUCACCUGCUAUUACCAGCUACCACCCAUAACAAGACCACAAGACCAAAGAUGUCAAUUGUAUUGCCAGCAAUAAACAUAAAUGAGAAUGUGAUCAACGGGCAGGAUUAUGAAGUGAUGAUGCAGAUUGACUGUCAGGUGAUGGACACCAGGAUCCUCCACAUCAAAAGCUCGUCCGUUCCUCCUUACCUCCGUGAUCAGCAGAGGAAUCAAACCAACACCUUUUUUGGUUCCCCUCCAGCAGCCACAGAGGCAGCCCAUGUUGUCAGCACCAUCCCUGAGUCAUUACAAUAGUACCCUGGGGCUACAUGGGAAAACCGAGAAUGGGACCCUGCUAGACUGGAGAGUAGGUGAGAGAAGUGCUUCUUUCUGCCUUCUUGGUGGCAAACAGAGAACCACCUCAUGAUACAAUUCAAGAAAGAAGAGAAAAACGAAGCUGCUCUGUUUUUUCACGAUCCACCCAUCUACUUGGAAAGCACUGGAACUCAGACACAGGGGAGCAGCAUUUCUCCAAUGGCACACAUUACCCUACAUCUUCCACUGUUGCCUGGUGGAGAUUUUUUUUCUAUACCUUCCUAAAUUGCUUUUCUGUCUGUAUUUGUUUGUGUUUAAAUAGUUAUCUUCUUUCAAAUAAGAUUCAUUUCCCCACUCUGCCAUUUCACUUACUUGUAAAGAGACGUACUUAUAGAAGGCAGCACAGCACACAGAUAUUUCCACUGAUUAGAUCUGUCAUCAGCUUAAUGCAAACCAGUUUUGGAUAUUGUGCUUGUUGGAAAGCAAAUGUCAAAACCAGAAGAGCCAAAAGCAUCCCCAAAAGAGUCAACACAAUUUGGCGGCUUAGGUAAAAGGGAAUAUCUCUGGGUGGUAAAAUUUAUCUGAGACUGCACGUGACUAUUUGGGGUUGGGGGCAGAUAGCAAAUUUGAGAGAAUGAAAUGGAAGAGAAGGGCUAGUGGUGGGGCUUGGUAAGAGGAGAAAGGUCCAUUAAUACACAUUUUUAAAGCACUGAAAGUUUGAUGUGACUGCAGUUUAAGAUUAAAGCCACACCGACCAUUUAUUCUGCAGGCCCCAGACCACGUACUUAUGUCUUCUUUUUUACUCAUCUAGUUCAGAUCCUCAAGAGCCCCAGGGCAAGCCCUUCAUUUUUGUUGUGAAUCACCACACACUACACACGUUUUAUUAAUACGAUACCAAAUUCAGCUAAGGAGCAUGUCAGUGACUUUAAACAAACAAGAGCUUUUUCUCUUGAGAAUUGACAAGUAUUUACUCCUUUAAGACUACGCAGACAGGCGAGUUGGAUUCCUGCUGGGAGAGUGCAUCCCAUAAUAUGGCAAUAAUUUUCAAUUCUCCAGUGAAAAAGCAGUGAAGGAAUUCACUCUUUUUGUCCUCCAAUUACUUAAAAACAAAAACAGAAAAACAUAAAUCUUCCACUGUGUUCACUUGUACUUUGACCAUUCUCUCCUCUCUGAUUUCUACCUUCAACUCCUAAAGCGAGUCCUUUACGCUCUCCUCCUAUGAAACUUUCCAAUUUCUUAAUAGAUUUUUUUUCUGCAAACAUUGCUUUUUAACCCCUUUGACUAGCCUUUGUCAGAUUUCUUCCCUUCCUUUCCCUUCCACACUGUAUCCAUCUCUUCCUCCUUGCAACAAAAGGAAAAAGAAAUAUCAACUCCUCAAGGAUUACAUGUAGCUGGUUAGCUCUUUCCCUGUGAAAUCAGGCAUGGCUCUUGAAUAAUUCUGAAAACCCACCAGCACUUCUGUCUGGAGAGUGAUGCCUCUGUGCCCAAGCCUUUUAGAUGCUUCCCAGGAAAUCAGUUUGACUCUUGUGAGGAGAAGGAGGCUCUCUUACUCUAUUCCCUGGGAAUCUGGGGUUUGAAAAUUAUCAGUUAGCCGCCGCCUUUUCUACAAGUACAAAUGGUUUUAAGUCAGGGCAGCACUCCUGUCUGAUUUAGCUGCUCCUGGGCAAUUUUCAGGCCAGACCCCUUCUCCCUUAGGGCCACUCUUACUUCUGAUGGGUGCCAAGGAAGAGAAGGUAAGUCUCUAUAAGAACUUUAGGGUCCAGGGCAGUUUUCUCCUGGCCCUGCUCCUUCCCAUUCUGUCCUGUGAAUUAGCCAAACAAGAGGCUGUGACCAUGGCUAGUAGGCAGUGGCAACAUGGUCGUUCCCCAGCUGCCAGUCUUGAGGAACUGUCCUAGUUAGCAGUGGAUACAAACACAAUGUCCGUGGAGUGAUUACGUGUGGUGCUUCCUUCCUCUCUUUUGCACUGAAUCACACAAGAACAGACCAUCAUGUGGGACUUCUUGUUUUAAGCACUUAACUUUUACUUUAUUCCUCUAUGCCCAGCUUUUCCUAUGCUCAUUUUACCAUCUCAUCAGACUGAGGACUUCUAUUAUGUACGUAGCUUGAAUGCCUCUCUCUCAGGUCAAAGUGUGGGUCGAAGUUAGGAAGGAGUCAUGACCAAGAGCAGGCAGGUAUUGAAAAUAAUGAAGUUCAGGGACCUGCCAAGUGACCAUCACAAGCAGUCUGGGAGCCUUGGCUUUCUCUUCACUCAUUGACCCUUCAGCUCCUUGUUCUUGAAUUGAUGUUUUUGAGAUGAGGGAACAGGAGUCUUCUCAGGGUAAAGUUUCAGGAAGUGAGUGAAAGGCAACUGACAAGUGCAAAGAAGUAUUCUACUUUUUACAUUGCUGUCAAGGCUACUGUUCCUCCCUGGGCACAAUGGUAGUUUUUAUUUUAAUGUCUCUAUGUUGGUGCAAAGUCCUGUAGGAAAAAUUGCUAUGCCUGAUGAAUAAAUUAAGCUGGUCUUUUGAUUUAA